CAGUCUGAUUUCAUCCGCUUUCGCGAGCGGUUGUGCCAUGUGUCCCAUUUCUACGGCUCUGUUCGUGAUCGCGGCCCUUCUGGCCUUGAUCUAUGUCUUCCUGACCUGGAACUUUAACUACUGGAAGAAGCGCGGCAUCCCCUCCGCCAAGUCAUGGCCCUUUGUGGGCAGCUUUCCCAGCGUUUUCACCCAGAAGCGGAACAUGGUCUACGACAUAGACGAGAUCUACGAGCAGUACAAAAACACCGAUAGCAUCGUGGGGGUGUUUCAGACGAGGAUACCACAACUCUUGGUUACAAGUCCGGAGUAUGUGCACAAGAUUCUAGUUACUGACUUUCGAAGCUUUCAUGACAAUGAGAUGGCUAAGUAUACAAACAAAAAGGUGGACAAGAUACUGGCCAACAAUCCUUUCGUUUUGACGGGUGAGUCCUGGAAGGAAAGACGUACUGAGGUCACACCCGGACUUUCGGCCAAUCGAGUCAAAGCUGCCUACGCAGUCACCCAGCGCGUUUGCAAAAAGUUUGUGGAAUACCUGAAGAAGCAACAAAAGAUGGCCUCCUCGGAUGGUCUGAAUACCAAGGAAAUGUGUUUGCACUACACCACCGAAGUGGUUUCCGACUGUGUGCUGGGUGUUUCCGCCCAGAGUUUCACAGAUAAUCCCCUUCCUCUGGUGGGAAUGAUCAAGAGGGUCUUUGAGCAGUCCUUUGGCUUCAUUUUCUACACUGUGGUGGCCAAUCUAUGGCCGCCAAUCCGGAACUUCUACAGCGUUGGCCUAUUCGCCAAGGAUGUGGAGGAGUUCUUCUACGACAUCAUGAGGAAGUGCAUCCAAGUGAGGCGGGAGAAUCCGGGACAGCAGCGCGACGACUUCCUCAACUACAUGCUGCAGUUGCAGGAGAAGAAGGGUCUGGACGCUGUGGAGUUGACUUCGCAUACCAUGACUUUCCUUACGGACGGAUUUGAGACCACUGCUCAGGUUCUCACCCAUGCACUUCUCCUGCUGGGACGUAAUCCUGAGGAGCAGAGGAAGUUGAGGGAGGAAGUCGGCACUGCCGAGCUGACCUUUGAACAGCUGAGCGAACUGCCCUACAUCGAGGCCUGCAUUCAUGAAACCCUACGACUUUUCUCUCCUCUGCUGGCUGCCCGCAAGGUGGUCACUGAGCCCUAUGAGUUUUUAAACAAAAAUGGAGUUAGCGUCAAGGUUUAUCCCGGCGAUGUGGUCAUCAUUCCGGCCAAUGCCCUGCACUACGAUUCCCAGUACUACGAAGAUCCCCAGUCCUUCAAGCCCCAGCGGUUCCUGGAUGUCAAUGGUGGUUCUAAGAAGUACAGGGAUCAGGGUGUAUACCUCGGUUUUGGUGAUGGACCUCGUAUUUGUCCAGGCAUGCGUUUUGCCCAAACCCAAAUAAAGGCCGCUCUGGUGGAAAUUUUGCGGAACUUUGACAUCAAGGUUAAUCCCAAAACCCGCAAGGAUAAUCAGUUUGAUGACACCUACUUUAUGGCUGCUUUGAAAGGAGGCGUUUGGCUGGAAUUUGUGGAGCGCAAAUAAAUACAUAUGUAUCUCCUUUUAUCUUUAUACAAACCCUAAACAUUUUUAUGAAAUAUUUAUUUUACAAUUCCAAUAA